GUAGCUUCUAGAGAAGUAGAGAUUGUACAUAAUAUAUAUAUAUCGGUAUAUCUAUAUAUUUAUACGUAUUGUUUACAGGGCAGAUGAUUCAAGAACGUAUACAUACGGUAAUGUGAAAAGCCCACCACGCCCAAGCAGCAGCCAUGGACUCGAUUUGGACUGCCUGCGAUUCUCGAGAAAAAAUCGUAGUUUGACUGUCUAAACCUGAGCAAGAAUGUUUUUCAUUCUCACUUUCGGAUCGACGCCUGGAUUUUGCGCAUAGCAGAUUUCAAUUCCGCAAAUGGAAGUGAAGAACGAGAAGAUUGUGAGGUUUUAUCCAGAUGGUAAACAGGAAAAGGGGUUUAUGCUGUUGGGGGGUAAAUCGAAUUCAGCUCAAGUGCUGUUGAAUUCUGAUGGUAAAUGUAAAAUCGGUGUUGGUAAAGUGCCGUUUAAGGAUCGAACGCCAUGUUAUAAACAUAUACUCGAUCCUGGGAGUGAAAUUGUCCUAAAUUGGAACAGAGUAUUCAUGGUUUCUUGCUUAUUAGCAUUGUUCAUCGAUCCAUUGUAUUUUUACUUACCAAGUAUAGGAGGAAACAAGAAUUCGUGGUGUGCGAAAACCGACUACAAGCUUCGAAUCGUGGCGACGUUUUUUCGAACAAUUGCCGACCUGUUCUAUCUCUUACAUGUAGUGAUUAAGUUUAGGACAGCCUAUGUUGCGCCGAGCUCGCGUGUUUUUGGCCGUGGCGAGCUCGUGAUGGACCCGAGGAAAAUUGCUCGAAGGUACAUUAGGACCGACUUCUUCAUUGAUGUUAUCGCUACAUUGCCUCUGCCUCAGAUUGUCAUUUGGUUCAUAAUUCCGGCGACGAGAAACCAUCACACGAAUCAUAACAACAACGCCCUUGCUUUGAUCGUGCUCUUUCAGUAUAUUCCGAGGUUGUAUCUAAUCUUCCCAUUAAGUUCGCAAAUUAUUAAAGCGACGGGAGUGGUCACUAAAACGGCGUGGGCUGGGGCGGCGUACAAUUUGCUACUCUAUAUGUUGGCAAGCCAUGUCUUGGGCGCAGCGUGGUAUGUUUUAUCCGUUGAUCGAUACUUGUCUUGCUGGAAAAAGAUAUGUCGGAGAGAAAAAAGCCCUACGGAAUGUUUGCUCGAAUAUUUGAACUGUGAUGGUCCGGACAGUCGAGGAGCACAACGUGACAUUUGGCUGCGAAACACAACCAUCUACCAAAGUUGUGAUCCGGAUGGCGAUAUUACAUUCAAAUUCGGGAUUUUUGAGAAUGCGGUUAAAAAGCAGGUUGUCUCGUCGACUUUUGUUCGCAAGUACUUCUAUUGCUUAUGGUGGGGAUUACAGAACUUAAGUUCGUAUGGGCAGAAUUUGUCGACGAGCACAUUCAUUGGCGAAACGUCGUUUUCGAUUCUCAUUGCCAUCUUGGGUCUCGUCUUGUUCGCGCAUCUUAUCGGAAAUAUGCAGACGUAUUUGCAAUCGCUGACGGUGAGGCUCGAGGAAUGGCGACUCAAGCGACGAGACACCGAAGAGUGGAUGCGGCAUCGACAGCUUCCCGAAGAUUUGAGGAGACGCGUACGGCGUUUCGUUCAGUACAAAUGGCUGGCAACACGAGGGGUUGACGAAGAAGCUAUUUUGCGCGGGUUACCCGCCGAUCUCAGCCGCGACAUUCAACGGCACCUAUGUUUAGACCUCGUCCGACGGGUCCCGUUCUUUUCGCAAAUGGACGACCAAUUGCUCGACGCAAUAUGCGAGCGUCUCGUUUCAUCCCUAAGCACUGAGCACACGUACAUUGUCCGGGAAGGUGACCCGGUGACGGAAAUGUUGUUCAUAAUCCGCGGACGGCUCGAGAGCUCGACGACGAACGGAGGUCGGACCGGGUUCUUCAAUUCGAUCAUGCUAAGGCCCGGAGAUUUCUGUGGCGAGGAGCUUCUCGCCUGGGCCCUCCUCCCGAAAUCGGCGUCGAAUCUUCCGUCGUCGACGAGGACUGUUAGGGCCCUCGUCGAAGUCGAGGCCUUCGCACUACGAGCCGAGGAUCUCAAGUUUGUCGCUAAUCAAUUCCGGCGACUCCACAGCAAGAAACUGCAGCAUACAUUUCGAUUUUACUCGCACCAUUGGCGGACGUGGGCGGCGUGCUUCGUUCAGGCCGCCUGGCGGAGGUACAAGCGGCGGGCGAUGGCCAAGGAUCUUUCUAGAAGAGAGUCGUUUGCCGCCGCGACGGAUGAGGGUAUUCCCGAAAAUGUUGACGUCGGGGAACGGGACGGAUCCGGCGAUGCCGAGACGGCGCCGGCGAUAAAAACUAACCUCGGGGUGACGAUAUUGGCGUCAAGAUUUGCCGCUAACACGAGGAGAGGAGCGCAGAAGAUCAAGGAUGUCGAUUUGCCGAAGAUGCCGAAGCCGGAGGAGCCCGAUUUCUCGGCGGAGCCGGAGGAUUAGUUACUUUUCCGGCCGGCGGACGGCCGGCGAUGGGGAUGUAGUUGAAAGAGUAUAACUUUUUGUGUACAAGUCGUGAUGCGUUGUGUACAAGAGAUAGAUGCGUGGUUGUUGUAACUAGUUUCGUUGUAUGAGCUGAGGCUUUCAUAGACAUAAUUCUUAUCUCAGACGCACGCACAUAUGUUUAUAUAUAUAAAUAUAUGGAGUGUAUUUUCUGAUCAAAAAAAAAAAUAUAUGGAGUGUAUUAAUCCCUUCAGAUUUAA